CGCCGAGAUGUCCGGCCCAGAGCUGCCCGUGGCCUUCGCCGCGCCCGUGGCCGGCCCCGGCCUGGCGGCCAGCCUUCGGGGCGCCGCGCCUGCCGCGGCGGCGCGGGCCGCCCCGGCGCAGGCCGGCGCCGAGGCUGGAGGCCGGCGCGCGGCGCCGCGGCGCGAGCUGCCGGCGGCGACGGCCGCGGUGGCGGAGGCGCCGCCCGCGGCCGCCGCAGCGGAGGCCCCCGCGCCGCCGCCGCCCUUCGACCCCGCCCAGGCGGUCGGCGUGACGGCGCCCCUGGGCUUCUUCGACCCGCUCGGGUUUUGCCAGGUCGGCGACUGCGGCGGCUUCCACAGGCUCCGCAGGCUCCGGCUGAAGCGGGGUCAUGCAGUAUUGGUUCAAGGAGCUUGCGUUCGGAGGUCGGCGGGGGCCGCCGUCCGGGCGUGCGUACCCCCCAACAACAACAACAUGAUGGCCGCCUUCGGGGCCGCGUUCCAGCACUUCGUGAGGCUCCCCAGCUUCGAGGGCACCCCGGCAGGGCUCGGGGCUCUCGCCGACCCCUCCGGCGUGCUUGGCUUCGCCUGCCUCGUCCUCCCCAUCGCCGCGAUCACUGAGACCGUGUACUGGAAGGAUGACGACCUGUCCAAGGAGCCUGGCAACUUCGGGGACCCCGGCGACUGGGCGGGUCUCUUCGGCGCCUUCGGCGGCGGCUACAGCGACGAGAUCCGGAACAAGGAGAUCAACAACGGACGCAUGGCCAUGUUCUCGGUCGUGGGCAUCAUAGUGGCGGAGCUCGCCACCGGCAAG